UUUACUGACACACGUCAGACGUGGCCGUUCAGACUGUGACGAUAUAUGUGUGUUUUGACAUGUAUGACGAGUUUCAGGUUCUGUGUUUGUAGUUCCGGUGCCGUGACCCCGGUGACAGCCCCGGCCCGCGCAGUUUGACUGAGAGACCGUGUCAGCAUGUGGAGUGACCGGCACCAGGCGGCCCGACACCUGCAGCGCUUCCUCAGCGGUGUUAAUGAAGAUGUGAAAAAAGGAGACUCAUCAGGCUCUUUUCUUUAUGAGGAUGAUCUUCAAGUACAUGUGCUCAGGGCUGGCCAGUGCAAGUCAUUGGACAAUUUUUGGAGUGGAAGUGGGGUGACUUUUAUCUUUGAAAAAAAGCCUUUCCGAUUAGAAGAGGAUUUACUGGAUGAAUCCCAGGAUAACGGCAGCCAUGUUUCUGAUCUGGCUCUUCAAGAAAGUUCCCAACCUAUGGCUGUGCCAACUAUGAGAGCCAGGCAACUCCUUUCCAGCUACACUUUGGCACAAAAUCCUAACAUGACCCAGCUGAGGGAUGGGAAGCCAGUGGACAUACUUCCUCCAAUGUGGGUGCGAUGUGACAGCUCAGAUUCUGAGGGAACAUGCUGGCUGGGUGCUGAACCCAUUAAAGCUAAUAGGAAUGAGAUAACUGGGAUGAGUUUUCGCAUGGUAACCUGUGCAGGUCCCACAGCUGAUAAAACCUCAUUCCCUAGCUUGGAAAUGCUAAGGAAAAGCCAUAGAGAGAGGCACCAUUCAUCUGCUAUGCAGACUAGGGGGUUUGCGCAAUAUGACUUAUUUGGCACCAACACUGUUGAGAACUCGGUUAUAGAAUCACAGAGCAGUGUCAUGGUUGACUUUGUCUGGAAUGGUGUGGACAGCAUCCUACAGAUCCCACCACUAACCUCAGCAGCAACAUUGAAUAUAAAGGUGGAAUCUGGAGACCUCAGGAGCCCAGUUUAUCCUGUAUAUAAAGAACUAGAUUUUCUGCUUGUUUUGGCAGACGGAUUAAAGACAGGGGUGACAGAGUGGCCUGAAACCAGUGAAAGUAAAUCAGCUGUGGAAUUAGUCCAGGAACUCUUAAAUGAACUGAAAAAUAAACUGGAUGGGGUUAAUAAUACGGGAACCAAGAAAGAUCCAGAGAAAGUUAAAAGUGACGUAGCAGCAGUAGAUAGCUCCAUCCAGUCUUUUAUCACAGAGCGUGGCGAUCUGGACUUUGCUGAGAUGGUCUGGUGCAAAAUGAGAAAAAGUGUCUCUUCAUAUCAAGAUGCAGUCAGUUGUUUCUCUCUCAUAAUCCAGGCCCUUAAACAUGGUGAAGUGCAUCCUUGGAUUCAUCGUGGAAGCAGCAGUACAUUGAGCAAGCUAAUUCAACAAUCAUACCAUGGAAGCAUGCAGAGUAUCUCUCUCUCAGGCCUCACUCCCAUCAGGAUGCUGCUAGAGAUUGGCCUGGACAAAAUGAAGAAAGAUUAUAUCAACUGUUUUAUAGGUCAGGAUCUGGCAACUUUCAAUUACCUGGAUUACUUCAUUACUCCUUCAGUAGAUCUAGAGGAGCAGGUACACCGGGUGAAGAAACUGCAUCACAUGUUGGAAGUGGUUGUUAUUUGUAAUGCCUUUUUGACACUGGGGCAUGAGAACCUUUUUCCGCUCACACAGUCAUGUUUGAAGUACUACAAGGAGAAUCCCUGGAAUGAACAGCAUGUCUUCCAACUACCUAUUCGUCCAAGCAUCAUUAGUCAUUUUUACCAGGAGUCUCAUCCACACAUUUGGAGAGUCGAAGUGCUCAGUGGGCAUGGUCAGAAGGAACUGAAAAGUAGCUGGCAGCUGAGUUCCCGGUCUCCUGUAGAUCACGUUUGCUUUGACAUUCCAGAUGUGCCAGUUGACAUGACACUGAGUGGAGAGAGUGAAGAAAUUCAGUAUUACCGCACACAGGUCAGCUGCAGCCAAGUGCACUUCGUCUGAAAGUUCCAUAAUCAGGAUCAUGGAUGAGGGAUCCGACCAUGUAGUUCAAGUCUUCAUGAGUGGCAGCCAUUAGCUGUUGCACUUAGUUGGCAUAUUAAC